AUGUUCGUGAGGAGAUUCCCGAUCUGUGCACCGCUCUCCCUCGCGAGGAGGUACAUUGUGAAGCAUAACAAAAUUUUCGACAAACUCAAAGAAAGGGGGGGGGCCCUGGAGACGGAAACAAAUGAAAACGUGUGCAACGAGGACAAAGAUGACGACAAAAUAGAAAUAAUUAACAUUGAUGAGAAAAUCCUUCGGAAUAAUAACAUCCCCUGGGCGGAGGGAAAAGAAGCAGAGGAAGACAACAAGGAUGAUCUACACAGAGAAGAUGAAUUCUACAAAAACAUGAAGUAUUUUAAGAAUGUCGAUGUGAGAACCUUCAUCCAAGAAACGAUUGACUAUUACACACUUAAGCAACUUAAAGGGGAUGAGUGGACAGGGAAGGAAGGACAACAACACCAGAGGUCGAAUGGGAAGGGAACGACACACAGCUCAGCAGGAGGGGAAGUGGUAGACGGAGGAGGAGAACAACGAGUGGCAGACGACCAAGUGACCGAAGGGGAAAGUCGAACCACCCAAGGAGGCACUUGCAGAAGGGGAGACGAAGCAGAGCAAACAUAUAGACCAUCCUUCGAGGAGAAACCAAAACGGAACCACCGCACAGGGGAGAAAAACUACGAGGGGUUAACCCCUGCACAAAGAUUUUACGAAGAGAACAAGGAGAAGCUGAUAGCGGAAAGUAUGAAGCAGUACAAUGAACGGAGAGUAAAACUGGAUGGGGGAAGUAACUCGCACGUGGGGGGGCACACAACCCAGGGAGAGGAACUUGAAGAGGAUUAUUACCAUACCCAGGUGACGGACCCGAUCGUGAGGCCGAGGGAGAACUACCUGUUCGAUUACGAAGAUGAUGAAGAGAAAGCGAAUGAUGAUGAAGACAGCGAGGGAGACGAUAGUGUCGAGUUGGAGAAGGGAGUUAUGCCAACCAUCGAGCAGAUUGUCUUCAUCCUAAAACAUGAAAAGGUGAAAAAUAUUAAGGUAAUUGAUUUGGACAAAUGUGGAAGGAGGGAUAUCGGCAUGUUCUUAAUUUUAUGCACAGGAGAAACACCCAAACAUAAUAAACGAGUGGGAAAGUUAAUCAGUAGAAUUUUUGUAGACCUAGAGAUACCGUACAUUUCGAAGGUAGCUUACUGCUACUGCAACAAAUUUGAUGACUGGAUCAUUGCCCACUGUGGUCCCCUCAAAGUGCAUGUGGUCACCAAAGAGUUGCGAGAACUUUACGACCUCGAAAGUCUCUUCCUUUACCCCCAUGAACAUUUCGACAGUGGAAAUUUCCCCGCCUUCUUCGACUACACGCCAGGCAUACCUCCCCCCUACAUCGUCCGCAGUAACUCCUCCCUAGAUGCCUAUCCGAAUGAUGAACUUUACCGCAAGUUCCUUACGGAAACGUGA